GCUCUCCCCAGCCAGGAUCUGGCCAGGGCUGGUGGGGACAGGAAGCACCGGGACGGCUUCCGGCGCAGCCAUGAGCCUGGAAGCCAUCCAGUACCGCCGCGGCUCCCUCUCCAUCCUCAACCAGCUCCUGCUGCCGGAGCAGCUCCGCUAUGAGCCGGUGGACGGCGUGGAGCGUGCCUGGGAGGCCAUCCGGGCCAUGGAGGUGCGGGGGGCCCCGGCCAUCGCCCUGGUGGGGUGCCUGAGCCUGGCGCUGGAGCUGGAGGCGGGCGCGGGGCCGGCGGGGGACGUGGCGGCACUGGAGGCCUUCGUGGACGAGCGGCUGCGGUUCCUGCUGACGGCGCGGCCCACCGCCGUCAACCUGGGCCGCGAGGCCGAGCGGCUGCGCGCCUUCGUGCGCCAGCGGGCCCAGAGCCCCGGCGUCACCGCGCAGGGCCUGCGGGAGAGCAUCAUCGAGCACAUCGAGGGGCUGCUGGAGAAGGACCGGGAGGACAACCGGAGCAUCGGGGCGCACGGGGCCCGGCACAUCCUCCAGCGCGUCCCCGAGGGCGGCGUCACCCUCCUCACCCACUGCAACACCGGCACCCUGGCCACCGCCGGCUACGGCACCGCCCUGGGCAUCGUGCGGGCGCUGCACGCGCAGGGCCGGCUGGCGCGGGUGUUCUGCACCGAGACCCGGCCCUACAACCAGGGCGGCCGGCUGACGGCCUUCGAGCUGCUGCAUGACCGCGUCCCCGCCACCCUCAUCGCCGACAGCGCCGCCGCCGCCGCCAUGCGGGACCGCGGCGUCCAGGCCGUGGUGGUGGGAGCCGACCGGGUGGCGGCCAACGGGGACACGGCCAACAAGAUCGGCACCUACCAGCUGGCGGUGGCGGCGCGGCACCACGGCGUCCCCUUCUACGUGGCGGCCCCCAGCUCCUCCUGCGACCCGGCCCUGCCCAGCGGCACCGACAUCCCCAUCGAGGAGCGGCCGGCCCAGGAGCUCACCCACUGCCAGGGCCUGCGCCUGGCCGCCGCGGGUAUCGACGUGUGGAACCCGGCCUUUGACGUCACGCCCCAUGACCUCAUCACGGGGGGCAUCGUCACCGAGUGGGGGGUCUUCGCCCCCGGGGAGCUGCGCCAGGCGCUGGCGGAGCGGGGCGCCGCGGGGGGGCAGUAA